CUGCCCGGGCCAUGGCGCAUAAAGCCUCUGGCCACCUGCAGGGCUACUGCUGCGCCGGCCACCGACGGGGACUCACCUUGCUGAAGCUUGAGCCUCGGCUUCUGUCAUCUCUGUGGCCUCCGUCGCCUCUGUUGCUGUCCCCUUCAGGCCCGGAGCCCCGCGAGCCCCGGCCGCGCACGCGGACAUGGGCGGCAGCGCCAGGGCGCGCUGGGUGGCAGUGGGGCUGGGCGUCCUAGGGGUGCUGUGCGCGGCGCUCGGUGUUGUCAUGAUCCUCUUGGUGCCCUCGCUCAUCAAGCAGCAGGUGCUGAAGAACGUCCGCAUAGACCCCAGCAGCCUGUCCUUCGGGAUGUGGAAGGAGAUCCCGGUCCCUUUCUACUUGUCCGUCUACUUCUUCGAGGUGGUCAACCCCAACGAGGUCCUAAAGGGUGAGAAGCCGGUGGUGCGGGAGCGCGGACCCUAUGUCUACAGGGAAUUCAGACACAAGGCCAACAUCACCUUCCACGACAACGACACAGUGUCCUUCGUGGAGCGUCGCAGUCUCCAUUUCCAGCCCGACAGGUCCCGAGGCUCGGAGAGUGACUACAUUGUACUGCCUAACAUUCUGGUGCUGGGUGGCUCAGUAAUGAUGGAGAACAAGCCUGCAGGCCUGAAGCUGAUGAUGACCUUGGGGCUAGCCACCCUGGGUCAGCGUGCCUUUAUGAACCGGACCGUCGGUGAGAUCCUGUGGGGCUAUGACGAUCCCUUCGUGAAUUUGAUCAACAAAUAUUUCCCAGACAUGUUCCCCAUCAAGGGCAAGUUCGGCCUGUUUGUUGAGAUGAACAACACAGAUUCCGGGCUCUUCACUGUGUUCACGGGCGUCCAGAACUUCAGCAGGAUCCACCUGGUGGACAAAUGGAACGGGCUCAGCAAGAUCAACUAUUGGCAUUCGGAACAGUGCAACAUGAUCAACGGGACUUCUGGGCAGAUGUGGGCCCCAUUCAUGACACCCGAGUCCUCGCUGGAAUUCUUCAGCCCCGAGGCCUGCAGGUCCAUGAAGCUCACCUACCAUGAUUCAGGGGUGUUUGAAGGCAUCCCCAUCUAUCGCUUCACGGCCCCCAAAACUCUGUUUGCCAACGGCUCCGUCUACCCACCCAAUGAGGGCUUCUGCCCGUGCCUCGAGUCCGGCAUUCAGAAUGUCAGCACCUGCCGGUUUGGUGCGCCCCUGUUUCUGUCACAUCCUCAUUUCUACAACGCGGAUCCUGUGCUGUCCGAAGCCGUCCUGGGUCUGAACCCCGACCCAAAGGAGCAUUCCUUGUUCCUAGACAUCCAUCCGGUCACCGGGAUCCCCAUGAACUGUUCUGUGAAGUUACAGCUGAGCCUCUACAUCAAGUCUGUCAAGGGCAUUGGGCAAACGGGGAAGAUCGAGCCGGUGGUCCUGCCGCUGCUGUGGUUUGAGCAGAGCGGGGCCAUGGGCGGCGAGCCCCUGAACACGUUCUACACGCAGCUGGUGCUGGUGCCCCAGGUGCUCCACUACGCGCAGUAUGUGCUGCUGGGGCUGGGCGGCCUCCUGCUGCUGGUGCCCAUCAUCUACCAGUUGCGCAGCCAGGAGAAAUGCUUUUUAUUUUGGAAUGCUAGUAAAAAGGGUUCGCAGGAUAAGGAGGCCAUUCAGGCCUACUCUGAGUCCCUGAUGUCACCAGCUGCCAAGGGCACGGUGCUGCAAGAAGCCAAGCUGUAGGGUCCCAAAGACGCCAUGAGCCCCCCAAACCUGAUAGCUUGGUCAGACCAGCAACCCAGUCCCUACACCCCGCUUCUUGAGGACUCUCUCGGCGGCAGACAGCCUGCCAGUGCCACGGCCUGAGCCCCCAGAGGUCACACCUGUCCGCGUGUGCCCAGGCGUGUGCAGCAAUACUCAGGGACCAAGGACAGGCCCGCUGCUGGGAGGGCGCCCGCCGGACGGACAGACCGCAGGCACUUUCCUCCAAGUGGCCUGUGAGCCGGGCCGUGGAGACUGCUGCAGCCGCCACCGGCCCCUCCUGUGGGGCGCUGGCUCUGCCCAGGGCCCUCAGACUUCAUGCUCCCCUUGUCUUCCAUCAUCAGGCUGAAAGCCUCGGUCCCCACGGAAUACAGAGCCGUCACUCCUAGGGGCUGGGCGUGCAUCGGCCUCUUGUGCCAAGGCCAGGCAAGCAGUUCCGGGUCCUGAUGGGUGUGCACGCACACUCGGGAGCUGUGUCUGGCCCUCUUCCUCUAGUCACCUCAACACUGUAAGUGGCCACGGUGGCAGGCCCCUCAGGGUCCUUAGUUUUCAGGUAUAGUGUCAAAGGUAGAGAGGUGUGGGCCGUCUACCCCUGGCACCUGGUCCCCUGGUGGCCUGGUGGACCUCCCCAGAAGGUGGGGGACAAGGAGGCCCAGCGCCCCGCAAAUGCCCCUUUUUCUACUGGAAGAGAAAUUUUAUCAUCUUUUGAAAGAAACUCAUGAUUGAAGCAAUAAAGCCUUUUCACAAAUUCCA